AUGGUGAACGCAGCAAGUAAUCUAAGAAGCCUCAAUUUUGGAGCUCUCAAAAGUGUUAACAAGAAAUUCGAGGAGGAGAAUGACGUGAGGCAGGCAGAGGAGGAAGACGAAGGGGAAGGAGAAGAAGCAGAUGGAGAAGGGGGAGGCGGCGAAGCGGUAGGCGGUGAAAGAGUAGGCGGUGAAGGAAUAGGUGGUGAAGGAGUAGGUGGUGAGGGGGAAGGUGUCUCUAAGGAAUACUGUGCAGUUGAAGGCGGUGAGGAAGACGAAAUGCCUCCACAACAACUGAAAACCCUUGAGGCCGAUCAGGGGAUAAGCCCGUCCCGCAGCGGAAGCAAAAACGGACAGCACGCCAACCCGUGGGGCCCCAGCACGUGGGAAAACCAAGCGGAGGAGUGGAGCCGAGAAACAGAGACCCCCUCACAGGGGAACAGAGGCAGCAUAUACAACCUCAGCAGCGAAAACAACAAAAGUGAAGAAGAGGCCCAAUUUCUAAAUUUCCUAUAUGACCCAUGCAAGCAUUUAUAUGUUAACAAAAUGAAUGUAAGUCAAAAUUAUUUUCACUUUUUCAAUAAAGAGCAAUCAUCAGAUAUAAAAAAGAAACUUCAGCUUUUUAUUAGUACCCACUCUCCCACCAUGAUUAAUAUCACCAAAAAAUGGAACUCCUUUUACAUUAACAAAAAUAAAAUUUCUUCCUUUGUUGAGAAAUACAAAGACGUGAAUUAUUCCCCUGGAGAUAACUUAAAGAAGAAUGGCACGGAUAAUUUUAUAAAUGAAUUUGUGCAAACGUUUCGUUACAUAAGACACGAGGUGCGACCACCCGGGGGUAACAAAACGAACGUAGUGGUUCGUCAACGUGGUAAAGGGAUGCAUCCUCGGAGGGGAAGUAGUUCCAGAAAAGCCUUCAGUUGGAUGGCGAAGCAUGAAAGAGGGAGUUCAUCUAUAAGAAAGAAGGAAUAUGACGCGGGGAACACACGUUGGCCAAACAAACUUAGGAGAGCUGUCACUACUGUAGACCAAAAUGCUGACCUGAGCGAAAAGAACUGCAGUCGUGAUAGAAGUGGCAUAUAUGGAGACCGCUUAAGAAGAAGCUACGGGCAAGUCGACGAAAAAGCGAGGAGUAUGUCCACGGCAGGGAGCACGCAUCAUUAUACGGAUGGGAAGUUCGAACGGAGGGGUGAAGCUGCAGCAGAGGGGAAGAACGAUCAAUCCAAUGCACAGGAGAAACCUGAAGGGAAUUUCCCCAGUAAGGACGCCAAAAUGAAGGCUCCCCAAGAGACGAAAAAGAAAAACAAGAAAACCCUCCCCCCCGUGGUGGAACCAAAAAGGGUACCCAAUUAUACUCCCUCUUCUCAAUGGUACAAGGGAGGAAGGAGCACUUCGGGGUGCACUCCGGAGGUUAUUGCAAAGUUCCUGGGGAGUGUAAACAUUAGGAGAAGUGGCAUCCUGCUGCGUAGGGGUGGUGGAAGUAGCAGUAGCGACAGUGAUAGUUGCAGCGUGAGGGAAAGUGACUCUAACGAGGAUAGUUGUGACAGCGAUGAGCAUAACAUCGAGAGUGAGUAUGCCUACGAGGGGAAGAAAAAUAGCAACAAUGGGGAAGGGGUGGCCGCAGGGGGGACAGAAGGUGCAGCUGCGAAAGGAGCGGACGCAAGCCCGCGCAGCAAAGAGAACCCUCGUAACAAUAUCUUUUUAAACAACCUAAACAUACUGAUAACAGAUUUGAACGAGCUGUAUGUUUAUUUGGAGAACUGCCCGUACAAGGAGGGGGCAUCUGGCGUCGACGUGGGGGUGAAUAAUAGCUUCCCCGCCAACGACCCUAAGGGGAACUACGACUACAAUUUAGCCAAGGGGAACAAUGGAGGUGAUGAACACGAAGCAGCAGAGGAGCCGCAUCAUGCGCAACAGGUGCAGAAGGGGGGAGAACUGAGCAUAGGCGAUUUGAACAGAGGCUUCAAAUCGGAGAGGGAUUUGGCCACCUUAUACACUGCAGGCGCAUCAUGCGUAGAUGGCACCUACAGCGAUGCUCCCGACAGCGAAACGAGCGACACAUACGGAAGCGGGAAGGAAGAUUCUUACGUGGAGAUUUCCUCAGUAGAUUUGAAGAGCUUCUGUUCUGUGUGCUCAGGAAUUCAAUAUGAUAAUUUUGAAAAUCAGUUAAAUCAACAAAAAAAUAGAAAUUACAAAAAAUUGGAAGUUUUUAUUAAAGAAAGUGACUUUUUCUGUAAUUGUAAUAACAUUAAUAUUUUUCAAAAUGAGAAUGGGAACGCUAAUGAUGAUUUAAAAUUCUGUUUCAAUGGAGAAAUGACUUCAGAAGAAUAUUACAUGUUAAAAAAAAAUGAUAUUGAAAAAAUGAACAGGACUAUAGACGAAAUUAUCUAUAUGAGUCAUCAUCAGGGACUGGAAGGCACGGGUGGGGGCACAGACGGAGGGUUACCAUACGAGAAAGAGGAAGAAGAAGAGGAGGAAGAGGAGGAAGAAGAAGACGAGGAAGAAGACGACGAAGAUGGAGGGAGGACUAAAGCCGCUGCAAGGACUAGAAAGAAAUCCACAAGUGUUGGAGGAGGGGUAGGUAUAAGCAGAGGCACUGGAAGACGAAGAGGACGUGUAACCAAAAUGGAAAACAAAGGUAGAUAUAUAGGAAGAGGAAAGAAUAAGUUAUGGGCCAGUAACAAUGGGACGAAAGAAUUAGGCAACAAAUCAGCAACGAAUCGAGAGAUAAGAAAUAUGAGAAGAAAUAAAUUUGGAAAAUAUCAUCAGCAGACGGAAAAAAAAAACAAAACUGCGAAAUCGUUGUCGUCUCCACAAAAUUAUGAAAUAAAAUCGUCAAGAGUUAAGAAGCUAGAAAAGUUUACUAGUGUUGAUCAGGAAAAUCUGCGAGAGGUUUUUGGACCAACCGGCGUUUCUGGAGUCUAUUUUGAAAAAAGCAGAAGCAGCUGGACAGCCCAGUAUAAAGUUAGUGGUGGGAAGAGGAGAGCCAAAAGAUUUUUGGUUACCAAAAAUAUGAGUUAUGAGGAAAUUGAAAACGUCAAGCAGCAGUGCAUAGCUUACAGGAAGCAAAUGGAAAAGGAAUACAUCAAAGAAUUCCUCAAUGACGAUAAGAAGGAGACCCCUUCUAGUGCCGCAAGCCCCAGCAGUGCGACUGGGCACGUGUCGGUUAAAAAGAACAAGCGAAAGAGGAAGAUGAAGAACCUUUAUGACAACUAA